GUGACAUAUCUGCAGGUGAUAAAUCUAAGAAAGGAGUGAAGCGAAGGAGAAUUACAGAAGAUAGUGGUGAAACAGCCAAAAGGAGAUCUGCUAGAGUUCGGAACACCAAGUGUAAAAAAGAGGAGAAGGUUGACUUUCAAGAGCUGUUGGUGAAGUUCCUUCCUUCCAGAUUAAGGAAAUUAGAUCCUGAGGAGGAAGAGGACCCUUUCAAUAACUAUGAGGUGCAAUCAGAGAUCAAAGAGGAGAAUUUCCAGCAUGUUGGACCACACAGAAUGUCAUUUGAUUCUACAACAUUUAUGGAAUCUGAAAAACAGGAUGUUCAUGAAUUCUUGCUGGAUAACCUGAACAAUGGUGGGAUCUUGGAGCUGAUGAUGAGAUAUCUAAAAGUCAUCAGCCAAAAGUUUCUGGUGAAGUGGCCUCCUGGCUUGUGUGAGGUGGUCCUUAGCAUCUAUAACAGCUGGAGGAAGCACAGUAGCAGCCUCCCCAAUCCACUACUGAGGGACUCGAGUAACCAGCAUAUCAAGGAUAUGAUGUUGAUGAGCCUUUCUUGCAUGGAACUGCAAUUGGAUCAGUGGCUACUGACAAAAGGGAAGAGCUCUACAGUUUCUCCACGGAAUUGUCCAGCUGCCUCUGUGAAUGGAAAGUUUGGUCCUGACUUCCCAGGCACUCAUUUUUUGGGAGACCUGUUGCAGUUGUCAUUUGCUUCUUCACAAAGAGAUUUGUUUGAAGAAGGCUGGAUGGAGUUUGUGACUCGGGUGUAUUGGCUGAAAGCUCGCUUUCUAGCACUGCAGGGAGACAUGGAACAGGCACUUGAAAACUAUGAUAUCUGCACUGAAAUGCUACAGAACUCCACUGCAGCACAAGCUAAAGCUGGCAAUGAGUGUAGCAUCGUCAUACGGUUACCUAACCUACAUGUUGAUUCUGUUGUUUCUUUAGAAGAGAUUGAAAAGAACCUAAAAUCUCUGGAGAGAUGCCAGUCUUUGGAAGAGAUCCAGCGACUGUAUGAGGCAGGAGAUUACAAUGCAGUGGUGCAUCUGCUUCGUCCAACAUUGUGCUUUAAUGGUUAUGGCAGAGCAAAGCAUCUGGAGUUCGUAACAUCCAUACCAGAGAGACCAGCACAGCUGCUUCUCCUGCAGGACUCCCUGCUCAAACUGAAAGAUUACAAGCAGUGCUUUGAAUGCUCAGAUGUUGCCUUGAAUGAAGCAAUUCAGCAGAUGAUUAAUAUGACAGCAGCCUCUGCUAAAGAGGAGUGGGUUGCUACGGUAACACAGCUGCUCACAGGAAUAGAUACUUCAUUAUCAUCAGUUAACAGCAUCUUGAAAGACUCUUCUGUAACACCAAGCCUCGUUCGAUUAACAAACAACCUGAUUCAGAUCAUAGACUGCAGCAUGGCAGUCCAGGAGGAACCAAAAGAGCCAUAUGUCUCCUCAGUGCUUCCAUGGAUUAUCCUGCACAGGAUCAUCCAGCAUGAGGAAGAUGCUUUUCGAUCCCUUUGCUGCCAGCAGCAGCAGAACCAGGGAGAAGAAGGGAGUCCUGAUACCCCUAUGUUGCCUUCUUCGCUUAUGCUGCUGAACACAGCUCAUGAGUAUUUGGGAAGAAGAUCCUGGUGUUGCAAUUCAGAUGGUGCUCUGCUAAAGUUCUAUGUUCAGGUACUACAAAAAGAACUUGCAGCAUCCACUUCUGAAGAUACUCAUCCAUACAAAGAAGAGCUGGAAACAGCCCUGGAGCAGUGUUUUUAUUGUUUAUAUGGGUUCCCAAGCAAAAAAAGCAAAGCAAGGUACCUGGAAGAACAUUCAGUGCAGCAGGUUGAUCUGACAUGGGAAGAUGCUUUGUUCAUGUUUGAAUAUUUUAAGCCUAAAACUCUUCCAGAAUUUGACAGUUACAAAACCAGUACCGUGUCUGCUGAUUUGGCCAACCUUUUGAAGAAAACUGCUACAAUUGUUCCUCGAACAGACAAGCCUAUGCUAAGCCUAGAGACUGUAUCUGCUUAUAUUGAAGGAACAUGCAGCAAGGCACCAUCUCUCCCAGAGGGUGCAGACUAUUCUCCACCAGUGGUGACCGAGUUGUAUUAUCUUCUGGCAGACUAUCAUUUCAAGAAUAAAGAACAGUCUAAGGCCAUCAAAUUUUACAUGCACGACAUUUGUAUUUGUCCAAACAGGUUUGACUCCUGGGCUGGGAUGGCUCUGGCUCGAGCCAGUCGUAUUCAGGACAAAUUGAACUCUAAUGAAUUGAAAAGUGAUGGCCCGAUCUGGAAACACUCCACCCCUGUCCUGAAUUGCUUCAAACGAGCCCUGGAGAUUGACAGCUCCAACCUGUCCCUGUGGAUCGAAUAUGGCACCAUCUCCUAUGCCUUGCACUCCUUUGCAUCCCGACAGCUUAAGCAGUGGAAGUCGGAACUUCCUCCUGAAGUUGUGCAGCAGAUGGAGGAGCGCCGGGACAGCAUGUUGGAGACAGCCAAGGUGUGCUUCACCUCAGCGUCUCGCUGCGAGGGGGACGGCGAUGAGGAGGAGUGGCUUAUCCACUACAUGCUGGGGAAGAUUGCAGAGAAGCAGAAACAGCCUCCCGUCGUCUACCUGCUUCAUUACAAACAGGCAGGGCACUACUUGCAUGAGGAGGCUGCUCGAUAUCCCAAAAAGAUUCACUACCAUAAUCCACCAGAACUUGCCAUGGAAGCAUUGGAGGUAUACUUUCGACUUCAUGCUUCUAUUUUGAAACUUGUGGGGAAACCAGACUCUGGAGUAGAUGCAGAGAUCUUAGUUAGUUUCAUGAAAGAAGCUUCUGAGGGACCAUUUGCCAGAGGCGAGGAGAAGAACACCCCAAAAGUUACAGAAAAAGAAAAAGCUUGCAUGAUUGAUGAAGACUCUCACUCCUCAGCCGGAACGGUGCCAGGCCCUGGGACUUCCCUCCCCUCCUCCUCCGGUCCAGGUCUGACAUCCCCACCUUACACAGCCACUCCAGUUGACCACGAUUACGUCAAAUGUAAAAAACCCCGCCAGCAGGCAACGCCGGACGGUACAGUCCCUGUUCUCAAUACUGGCAGCACAGGAGGUGCUCUGAUCACGGGGGGUUUGACCAGGAAUGAUCAAACUGCUCGUUUCGAGGAGGGUGAUGGGUCUGUGGUAACACGGGCAAUAUUGAAGCUCAUUAUCUUUAUGAAUUUGGUUCUUUAAAUAGAAUCGAUGUACAGUCAGAGCUUUAAAUACAAAACUGAAAGUUGUCACCUGCCACCAUGACAUCUGUCACUUAGUCAAAA